AGCUGAUUGCAUUAUCGGAUCAGAUUUAACCUGCAGUCCAACAAUAUAGACUUAAGUAACGUUAUACCUAGUUCAUGCAGUUUUCAUGCAAAUAUUAGCGGGCAGAGCGGUUAGCUAACCCACGUUAGUUGAGCUAACACCAGCAGCAGCUUUGUUAUUUCAUCACAUCCUGGAUUUAUUUUCUGGAAGCUACGAAAACAGGCGACUUCAGAAAUGUCUUCAGACGAAGACAGGGCCAAGGAGAUUUUGAAGGGCUUCAAACUAAACUGGAUGAACCUUAGAGAUGCAGAGACGGGCAAAGUGCUGUGGCAGGGGACUGAGGACCUCUCUGUACCGGGAGUAGAACAUGAAGCUCGUGUCCCCAAGAAGAUCCUCAAGUGUAAAGCUGUGUCCAGAGAACUGAACUUCUCCUCCUCAGAGAAGCUGGAGAAGUUCCGACUGGAGCAGAAAGUCUUCUUCAAAGGACAGUGUCUAGAAGAAUGGUUCUUUGAGUUUGGCUUUGUUAUCCCCAACUCCACCAACACAUGGCAGUCUCUGAUAGAAGCAGCUCCAGAGUCCCAGAUGAUGCCAGCCAAUGUUUUAACUGGGAACGUGAUCAUAGAGACUAAGUUCUUCGACGACGACCUCCACGUCAGUACCUCCAAAGUACGGCUUUUCUACGUCUGACCUUGAACACCCCCCCCCUCACUCUACCUUCCAAAAAAAUGCUGACGUCCUGCCAAGGUCUUUAAAUUACCACGGUUAGCUACAAUUCUGAGCAGUAAACGUCUCACGGCUGACUUGGGGAUCAUCACUUUUCCCACAGUCAGUGAAGUGGUUGUUCUCUGGUUUGUGUCCACCUGAAAGACCUUGGACAGGGGGGAGAGGAGGAGAGAGCCGUUUCCUCUGUUCAACGAUCCACACUGUACAUACAUUAUCUCCAGCGAGCCACUCUGAGAUAACACAGCGCCCCCCACUUCACUCUAAGGUUGCAUUUACUCAGGAACAGAACACAGACGUGUAACCUGUCUGUUCAAAACUCUGCUCUCCAUGUGUCUCCUGAGGGUGUGUCCCACUCCAGAGGACACUUCCUGUGGCAGAGUACGUCAUCAAAUCCCUGACUCUGUUCCUCAAAAUACCCAAAAUCCUUUGCACUAGUCAGUUCAUGUCUCUAGAAAAGGUUCCAGUGAUACCGAUAUAUUUGGGCUUCUGUAGUGUACACGCUGACCCCUUAAUGCAUCAUUAAUGGUGGUCCAAUCCUCCGUCCCGCCUCCUGCUCCAUCAGCCCCGGUGUGGUGAUGGAGGACCACACUUCUUUUACUUCCUGCUUUAUCUGGAACCUUCUUUCUGCCUGUGUUGUUGGGAUGAGAAACUGCACGCUGUUGUUGGGAUGACACGUGUGAGAGGAGGGUUUUAUGUGCUUAAAUAAUCUCAACUAAAGCAUCUUUUAUUCUCUUUCACUCGGCUCCGCCCUGUACAGUCUCACUUCCCAUUCCGAUUCACUGUUUCUUUUUUUUUUUUUUAGCUGCUAACUGAGCUGUGUAAAAUAGACUGGUGUUUUAAUAUGACAGACGUUGUGGAUUAAAGUUAUCCAAUGUUGUAAUAACA